AUGGUAUCACGAUCAACUCAAGGGCGUCAAGCCCCCAAAGCCGACUUGAUGUUUGUCAGCAUCACACGCCCAGACCAGAUCAAAGACCGAAACACCCAGAGAAAGAUCAACCGCCAUGUUAUGAAACCGAUAGGCAUGGCAAGGCGAAGGAAGCAAAAGAAUGAGAAAAUGGAGGUUGCUCUGAAAUCAGUGGAAACACCAUCGUCUACCGCUGUUGUGCCCUGGCAAGCAGACGACAACAUCGAGUUCGCUUCUCGGCUAUAUAUGCAGAGUAUUCCUUCACCAAUGAGCGCAGACCAGGAGCUCAACUAUCGACAUUUUUCUGGUCGUGCUCACAAGAUCAUCGCCUUUUUAGUACGUGAAUGGGACUCACCUGUCUGCUCAAUGAUGCGAGAGCUCUCCUUUACUCUCGCAAUGAUGGAAGACAGCGCAAUGCAUGUUGCUCUUGCGCUGACAUUGGUCUUUGCCCAAGAACAUAGGCAGCAUCUACUAGAGGAGAGCAACAGCUCCUUGGAUCACUACAACAAGUCAGUUGGUCUUAUCAACCAGCGCCUAACCACCAUUGGCAACCAGGUCUGUGAUGCGCUCGUCGGCGUCGUCAUCACCUUGGCAUGUUAUGAUAUAUGUAUCUUCAACCUCGACCGAUGGGUAAUCCACAUGCAGGGUUUAUGUGGCUCAAUGAUGCGCGAUUCACCAUCAUUUUUUGAACCCCUUGAAGACCCAUUACCACAGCAAGGGGCAUCGCGUGCUCCUGGUGCCAUCGCCAGCACACUGCAGAAGCGACUACCAGAUGACUCGGAUCUGUGCACCCUACUCGAGUCCAUGUCCGAAUUUGCAACCGCAGCCCGCGAGAAACUACAGUGGACUAAAGAUCCAAUGUUGAUGCAAGAACUGCAGCUUGUUGUGUCCAAGAUGCUGAGAUUGCCUCGACAUGAUUUUCUGGAUAUCCGCGACGAUGGUGUGGCUCUGCACGAGGUGCUACGCCUGGCUUCGCUCUUGUUCCUCUCGGGCCCCUCCACGAAGCUUGCAGGUAACAAGAAUGGCAACACGAUCCUCUGUUAUCAUCAAGGACGACUCCCGAUGUUGCUCAAAUCACAUAAACUCGAUUGGACAGGCCUGGAGGAUUUGGAGCUUUGGGUCUUGGUCAUAGAUGCGUUGGUCGAGACAGGCCAAGACCAAGAGUGGAUACUGGGUCAGAUCAACCGUACGAUGCUUGUGAGAAGGCUUAGCUGGGAUGAUGUUCUUGGGGCUGUGGCCCGAAUUGCUUGGUCUGAUGGCCUGUGGACUCGUACAGUAGAUCAGCUGCGUGUAGAGCUGGAACAGAUUUAG